GCCUCCAACCCGCGCGACGCCCCAUCCCUUCUCGUCCGCAGCCCGCAGACUGGUCGGUCGGAGCCCCAACCCGCUUCUGCCACCUCCCUCUCUCAUCGCUUCCGCGGACCCAAUCAGCGAUGUUACCGUAGCCUCGACCGCCGAAGCAUCCGCCGCAGCUUCACCUCCGCGCGACCAUCCAGCCGCAUCCAUCCCUACGCAUCUUUUGCCCCAACGACUCCUGAGCCCUCCCAGGCUUCCGUGCAGCGCGCUCUGCCAACAAACACACCUCACGCGGCCGUAGCAUGGCCACGCUCGCCUCCGACUCUCCUCCGCCCUCCCCGUCCUACACCAUGCGGCGAAAGAGCCUGGCGCGGAAGUGCGAGCGCUACAUCUGUGGUGUUUUCUCAUAUUUCCCGCUGGCCAUCGUAUAUGGCCUCACGACGUGGGCAGUAUGGGUGUCAACCCAAAUCGACAUGCUCGAGACUAAAACCAAAUCGAAAAGUCAUACAUCUGCCGUGCUAGCUGUGAUUUUCUAUGCUAUGCUUAAUUGGUGCUACACCACCGCCGUCUUUACCGACCCUGGUUCCCCGAUUGAUACGACCAAAUCCGGCUACAGCUCCUUGCCGACCCAGGAAGUAUCACGACCUUACACUUCGUUUACCGUCAAGUCCACUGGCGAGCUGCGAUUCUGCAAAAAGUGUCAGACGAGGAAACCGGACCGCGCGCAUCACUGCUCCACCUGCAAGCGCUGCGUUCUGAAGAUGGACCAUCAUUGCCCGUGGCUCGCCACGUGCGUUGGACUUAGAAACUACAAACCAUUCCUGCUAUUCCUCGUAUACCUGUCCAUUUUCUGCUGGAUAUCCUUCGCGGCGUCCGGGGGCUGGUGCUGGAAUGAGUUUACCAACGACUCAUACAUGGACAACCUGAUGCCAGUCAACUAUAUUGUUCUGGCUGUCAUCUCAGGUAUCGUGGGAUUGGUCAUUACAGGCUUCACAGCUUGGCACAUCAUGCUCGCCGCACGCGGCACGACCACGAUCGAAAGCCUGGAGAAGACGCGCUAUCUUUCACCACUCCGCAAGUCGAAACAGCAAUUCAACGCUCAUCACGGUCAACGCAACUAUGUCGAUGGAGAUAUAGAACCCCGCACCAGUAUUGGAGACGCCAUUAUGGAAGUGCCAGGUGUGACACGCCCUGAGGAGGGCGAGGAGUACUCCAUGCGCAACUCCCCGGCCGAACGAUCGCUGCGUCGCAACUGGGCCGAGGUGGAAGCUCAACGAGAGCGCGACCGCUACAAUGAAUAUCUGGAAGAGCUGGACAGCGAGAAACUGCCCAAUGCGUUCGAUCUCGGCUGGAAGCGGAACAUGAUGCACGUUCUCGGCGAGAACCGGAUUUUGUGGUUCCUGCCGAUCUGUAACACUACCGGUGAUGGUUGGCAGUGGGAGGCUUCGCAAAAAUGGGUUGCAGAGCGCGAGCGCAUCGCAGAGGAGCGCUUCACGCAGAUGCAGAGGCAAAAGGACCGCGAGCGGGCUGCAGGCUGGGGCAUUGACAGUCCGCCACGCCGGGCUAGCCCGCCCCCUCGGAUCUCCUACACGGUUUCGAACAACCGGAACUCAUGGGGCAGCAUUCCGACCAAGCAAAAGCGGGACAGCAGGUUCCUGAUGACGAGCGAUGGCCUAGCAACGGUGCCCCUGGCCGGGCGAAGGAGUCCCAACAAGGCCGACCAAAUCUUAGGCCGCGCACCAGGAUUGUACUCUGAUGAUCCGCUGGCCGACAGCAUGGGCAUGGGCGUGCAAAUGCAGAACAUGCCGCCACGACGCAGCAUCUACGGCGACCUAGAAGACGACGAUGACGAUGACGAUUACGAAGACAGCUCCGACGAAGGACCCGCGACGGCGGAGCUGGCAGAGGCACGACGCAAGGCUUCUCUCGCGCUGGCCCAGGCUCAGCUCGAAGGCCGCAGGCCUAGCAGGGCGGAAAUCAAGGCUGAAAUGAAGGCCGCAGCGGCAGAGGCGACGUCGACGACGGCGACGGCUGCGGCCACGACGACGACAACGGCGGAAAACUGGAACGACGUCCCGGACGACAUGUUCAGUGCAGCGGGCAAGGCGCGUGCGGCGGUGCGCAAGAAGAGGGCUGAGGAGGAGUGGCAGGAAUGGGGACCAUCGUGAGCAACAGCGGCAUUUUUCUUCUUCGUGCUUGCAUGCUUCGACGAUAGAGGCCUUGCGGGUGGAGUUGUCGAUGGGGUUGGAAAUGUAGGUGCGACCUGAGCAUUUGUUGGCGUUUCCCGGACUGGUGGAAGACAGGUAUGUGCGUCGUGGUUUAGCCUGUAUUGCCCUAUGAAUCUUUAACUGUCAUACUUUUUCUUCUUCUGUGUUCUCUUCUCUGUGCUUUCUGCGAAUGAAGGUGUUGGUAAGUCUGAAUCAAGGGUUCCUGCACAUGGCUUAGCGCCUUGGCGUCUUGCUGGAAC